GGCGUUGCGGAACAGGGAAUUCGUGUGGUUUCUGGGGUCUAAUAUUCUAUAAUCAUCUGAUUUGGUGUUGUUGACUGUCACUGCGAUUUCGCACUCAAAUUCGCCAUGCCCCCAAUCCUUGGGGAAUCUAUUGGAGACCUCAGCGAUGACGACUAUGUUGCGAGGCUACUUGCCCGGGAAGCGCGCGAUAGUUCUUUGAAAUACUCCUCCCAGGGGUUGGAGGCAUAUAUGCCCAAGAGGCCUACAAGCGGAGCCCCCAAACCGAAUACCCGAUUUUUGAGAAACAUUAUCAGAGAAACGGAUAACCAUAAUGCGGCGCUGAAGCGAAAAGAAGAGAGGGAGGCCAGGGAGCGAAUGCGACAGCUACGGGAACACGCUUCGUCAUCGUUUUCACACAUCUCGGGACGGCGUCGCGAACUCUCGGGGAACCAGGACCCGAAACAGAGAAGAGAGGAAGAACGCAAAGGUAGACACGCUCAUUCUCAUCGAAGAAGACAUAGGAGCCGUUCGGGAUCUACCGAAAGAGGUUCAUCACGAAGGCACCGACGGAGACAUGAGGCGGAUGACCGCGAGAGCGGCCGGUAUUCUAGAGCCUCUCGAAGCGGCCGGCACCGUGAUAAGGGUGACAGCCGCCGAAGAAGCCGUGGGUGCUCGCCUUCAAGGUCUCGUAGCGGUUCCCCGCAAGGUGAGCGUAUCCACCGUUCCCACAGCCGCCAUCGGCAAUCUAGGCAUACAUCCUAUCGCUCCCCAUCACCACGGCGACCACGUUCUCCACGUUCUCGAUCGCCCAAUUCUCCACAAAGCCACGAAUACAGAGACAAUCGACAGAGCCCAGAAGGGUCUCGGAAGCACGAGCGGAACAGUGCAACCCUGCCCCUUUCUACGACUUUGCGUGAUAACCGCUCAGAAGAGGAAUCUGAUCCUUUGGAAGACUUAAUCGGUCCACCGCCACCGAAAAGCCAUGGUCUAGAUGAACAGGCUCUACGUCCGCGUGGUCGGGGUGCGUACAAGACCAAUAUUAGCAACAUCGAUGCACAUUUUGCCCCAGAUUAUGAUCCUACUCUUGAUGUCCAACUGGAAAAAGAAGACGACUCCAACAUAGAGCGUAAGCCGACCUGUCGUCCGGUGCCAGGUCUCAUGGACGAGGAUGAUGAUUGGGAACUUGCUCUGGAGGCGCUCCGUGACCGUGCUCGCUGGAGACAAAAAGGCGAGCAAAGGCUGCGCGAAGCGGGAUUUAAUGAGAGUGUUCUGGAACGAUGGAAAAGCGACAGUGCAUUUACUGGCUUAGGAGACAUGGAGAGGAAGCCGGAAGAUGUGAAGUGGUCGAAGAGAGGCGAGGGCCGGGAAUGGGAUCGAGGAAAGGUCAUUGGGGGGGAUGGGCAGAUUCAUGUCAAGGCCCCUUGGUAGUAAUAUAAAACAAGCAUGUUUUGAUUAUUGGGCAUUGAAUGCGGUGAUGACUUUAUGAAUCUGUU